UUUUUUUUUCGUUUUUCGUUUUUCUUUGUCAAUUUAAUUUCUAUUGUAAAGAAACAAUUAAUUUGCUAUUAAUUAUGUUUAAAGUGUCAAAUAAUUUAAUUGCAAGAUGUUUAGCUCGACCAAUGGUUAUCCAAUCAAUGGGAAAAAAGAAGAAAAAUUUACUUCAACCAUUAGAAGGAGCUGAUGCCAAAUAUUAUAAUCCAACAGUUUUCACCGGUGUAAAUGAACCAGAAUACUUGAGUUUACUUAAACCACCAAUUCCAUUUUAUCAUCUUCUUAAUCUUCAGUUUUUCUCUCCAGAUUAUGUUUCCCUUGAAGAGUACACUCGAUAUAUUCAGAAAUUUCUUACUGGUCUUGGUUUCCAUGUAUCUGAUUAUUGGCCGAUACCUCAUAGAUUAUUUAAUUAUACGAUCAUGAAGAAGGAGGAAAAUGUUGUCGAAUCAGUUGUCGAGUUGAAAAAGUACCAUCGAGUUGUCCAAUUGAAGGAUAUUCGUGCCAUCUCAUUACCAAUAAUAAUCCAAAUUCUGGAAGCCAGUAAACCAGUUGGAUUAACGAUGAAUAUUAAACAACACACCGACAAAGACACUGAUUCUCGUUAUGUAAUUAACGUUAGUCUACUUGAUUUGAAGAAGGAAUUGGACACAAUUUACACUGAAUUAGAGGAAUUAGGUGUCUCUGGUAUCCGAAAACAAGAGUUGAUUGAAUAAAAUGGAAACCAAAGUGUAAAUUUGACCAUCUAACCGUUUGGAUUACUGAUUAGCUCUUGUUGAUUGUAAUUAGAAAGAUUUAUUAUCAAUCAUUAUUAACAAACACACACACACACA